AUGCCUGGACCACCACCAGUAUUCCGAGCUACUUACUCGAAUACUGAUGUCUAUGAAUGUGAUAUGAAUGAAUCACCAAUAAUGCGACGUUGUAAAGAUGAUUGGGUGAAUGCAACUCAAAUUUUAAAAUGUUGUAAUUUUCCAAAAGCAAAAAGAACUAAAAUUUUAGAAAAGGGAGUUCAACAAGGUUUACAUGAAAAAGUUCAAGGAGGAUUUGGAAGAUUUCAAGGAACGUGGAUACCAUUAGAAGAUGCUCGAAGACUAGCUGCAACUUAUGGUGUUACAAAAGAAUUAGCACCAGUUUUAUUCUUGGAUUUUACUGAUCCAAAUUUAAUUAUACCACAGAAAGCAAAACCACCUCCAAAAGAAAAUCCAACAGGAAUGAAAAGAAAAUAUGUAAAGAAACCAAAAUUACCAGGUGAUACUCCUAGAAAAUAUAAAACAGGUAAGAAAGCUGCUCUUCAAGCUGCAGAAGAAGCUGCCGCAGUUAAAGAUCCAAAUAAUCAUCUUCAAGAGUCAUUCACAUCUCAAGAAUCAAGUAAUAUUAAUAGUAGACAAAAUUCAUUCAAUGGACCUCAAUACCCACAAAUGUACAACAUGAGUCAAACCAUGGUACCGCAACCACCACAAGUCAUGGAUCAACCUUUCAAUGAACAUAAUAUACCAAUCAAUGUGAAUACCAAUCUACCUUAUGCAAAUAAUUUUCAAAAUCAACAAUUGUUGCAACAACAACAAUUACCACCACAAGCACCUUCUCAACAAAUACCGUUACAGCAGCCACAUCCACCUCAACACGCAUUUCCAAACCCUAAUCAAAUACCAAAACAAUUUCCUAUGUCAAAUCAAAUACAUCAACAAGUUUUUCAACAUGGUAAACUACUGUCUUCACAGUCAUCAAAUGAUACUAACUGGUCAAUAAGUCAGGAUCAAAGAGAUAGUGAUACUUCAAUAAAUUCAAAUCCAGAUGAUCGAAGAGUUAAAGUUUACGACAACGACAAUAGUCAAUAUCCACAACAAGGUUCAAGUCCUAAUGAAGAAAAUAGUUAUGCAGCUCAGCUAUUGAAAUUUUUUAGUGAAGAUAAUACAGAAAUACCUUAUUUUGUUCAAUUUCCACCAAAUGACUUCAAUAUAAAUGAAUCAAUUGAUGAUGAAGGGCACACUCCAUUACAUUGGGCUGCGUCUAUUGGUAAUUAUGAAAUGAUUCACGUGUUGGUAAGUAAGGGGGCUAAUCCUUUGAUUGUGAAUAAUUUUGGAUUAAAUCCAUUAUCUAAAUUAAUUUCAUUUAAUAAUUGUUAUGAGUUAAGAAAUUUCGAUAAAGUAUUGGAUGAUUUAGAAUUAUGCUUAAUCAAUACUGAUAUAAAUGGAAGAACUCCCUUACAUUAUUUAUGUCAAUUUGCAAAAGUCAAAUCAAAAUUUGAAAGUCUUCGAGUUUAUUUGAAUACUAUCCUUAUCAAAUUGACUUCUUUAUCCAAUAGAAAUCCAGCUAGACUGGUAGAUUUAAUGAAAAAUGUUUUGAAUCAUCAAGAUGUUAGAGGUGACACAUGUUUACAUAUUGCAAUUAAAUCUGGUUGUAUUAGUUUUGUCAAGACUUUGUUAAAAUAUGGAGCAAGAGAUGAUGUAGAAAAUAUUAAUCGAGAGACAGCAAGAGGAUUGAUAAUGCAAUUUAAUCUUAUACCAAAUUAUGUACAAAUUGAUGCUGCUCAAACUGCAUUCCAACAACAAUUACAAAUGAGAUUUCAAAAUUUUCCACAACAACAACAGCAGCAGCAACAAUUGCAACUGCAAGAGAAUCAACUCCAACCUCAGCCAUUACCACAACAACCGAAAUUACAAUCGCAACAUAUUGAACCAACACCAGAAAUUACAUCCAAUGGUACAAGUGGUUUAAUUGAAGGAUUAGCAACUCCUAUUCAACCACCUACUUUCAACCGAGUAGAAACACCAGAUACUCAAAGAACGACAGUACAAGAUGACGAUAUGGAUGAAGAAGAAAAUGUUGCAAGAGUUGAUAGUAAACACUUGGAUGCAUUGAAUGAUGACAAGGAAAACAUUUUUAUUGAUAAACAAUUUGAUAAUGUUUCAACUCCACUUCACAAAAAUUUCUUAACAGCUGGACAUCAUCAACCUUUAGCAGUCAUUUCAGAAGUUGAAAGUUCUACAACUCCAAUAAUAAACAAUCACCUAUCAAAAAAUGAAACGGUUGUUGAUAAAUUAUCACCACAACUUAAGCAAGACGUUCCAUCAAUCAAACAAUUUCACACAAAACCAUUAGGAAAAUUAAAUAUACCUAAACUAGACAAUGACGGUAGAAUCAUUGAAGAAAAUCAAACAAAAUCAAACCUUCCAUUUCAAGACUUAUCAUCAAUUGUUACAAAUUUAAUUAAUUCUUAUUCAGACUCAUAUUCAAAAGAAUCUAAUAAAUUAGAUGAAGAUAUUGAACAAAUGAAACAUUUAAUAACUUCAAAACAAAUUGAAGCACAAAAUUCUAUUAAAAACAUUAUAAAUUUAUUUCAUAGUUCAGGAAUUGAGGAAAAUGAAAUAAAUUCAAUUGAUCAAGCUCAUACAAUUGUAAAUAAUUAUAUUGAAUCAUUUCAAAAACAAAUUGUAGAAAAAGAAAAACAAUUAACUAAUAUAAUUCAAAAAAAUCAAUCUAAAAUACUAACUAAUUUAAUUCAAGAAGAAGAAACCAAAUCAAUGGCAACCCAACAUGAUCAAUCACAGGAAGAUGAUGAUGAAGAAGAAUCUGAAUUAUUUAAUGAAACAAAAUUUGAUUAUGCAUUAGAAUUAACAAAUUUACAAAUUAAAAGAAAAAAAUUAAUUAAUGAAAUUAUAACCAAAACUAAGCAAUAUGGAAUAAAUAAUAAAAUGUAUAAAUAUAGAAAAUUAAUUAGUUUAAGUUGUGGUAUAAAAGUUGAAGAUAUUGAUAGCUUAAUUGAUGGUAUUUUACUGAAUAUAUAG